GCCGCGCAUGCGCAGCGUCGUCACUCGGUCACUGCUAGCAAAGAUGGUCUUUGUCAGCUAAACCACUGAAGAAAACAUCGUUCAAGGCGAAGCAUACACGGGUUUAAUGACCGUUUCGGACACGCUUGUUGAAAUCUUAACACACGGUCGACCCGAAGCCACUGUAAUUAAAUCUCUGACGGUUGUUUUAAUUUGCGUGGCUGCUCGCUAGCGGGUUCGACGACAGCGUUGUCGCUCCAGCCGAGGAUGUCGCUGCACGGAAAGCGGAAAGAAAUCUACAAAUACGAGGCGCCAUGGACGGUGUACGCCAUGAACUGGAGCGUCCGGCCGGACAAACGCUUUCGCCUGGCCCUCGGGAGCUUCGUGGAGGAGUACAACAACAAGGUUCAGCUGGUGGGUCUAGAAGAGGAGAGCUCGGAGUUCAUCUGCAGGAACACCUUCGACCACCCGUACCCCACCACUAAGAUUAUGUGGAUCCCGGACACCAAGGGGGUCUACCCGGACCUGCUGGCCACGAGCGGGGACUACCUACGCAUCUGGAGGGUGAGCGACACUGAAACACGUCUGGAGUGCCUUCUGAACAACAACAAGAACUCAGAUUUCUGUGCCCCACUCACCUCCUUCGACUGGAAUGAGGUUGAUCCUAAUCUCCUGGGCACCUCUAGCAUUGACACCACCUGCACCAUCUGGGGCCUGGAGACCGGACAGGUGCUGGGUAGAGUCAACCUGGUGUCUGGCCACGUGAAGACCCAGCUCAUCGCUCACGAUAAAGAGGUGUACGACAUCGCCUUCAGCCGCGCCGGUGGCGGGCGUGACAUGUUCGCCUCGGUGGGCGCCGACGGCUCUGUGCGCAUGUUCGAUCUGCGUCACCUGGAGCACAGCACCAUCAUCUACGAGGACCCCCAGCACCACCCACUGCUCCGCCUGUGCUGGAACAAGCAGGACCCCAACUACCUGGCCACCAUGGCCAUGGACGGCAUGGAGGUGGUGAUCCUUGACGUGCGUGUCCCGUGCACGCCCGUGGCUCGGCUCAACAACCACCGGGCCUGCGUGAACGGCAUCGCCUGGGCGCCCCACUCCUCCUGUCACAUCUGCACCGCCGCCGACGACCACCAGGCGCUGAUCUGGGACAUCCAGCAGAUGCCCCGGGCCAUCGAGGACCCCAUCCUGGCCUACACCGCCGAGGGGGAGAUCAACAACGUGCAGUGGGCCUCCACCCAGCCCGACUGGAUCGCCAUCUGCUACAACAACUGCCUGGAGAUCCUGCGGGUCUAGCCUCCCCCCGGGACGUCCCGGGCCCCCGGGGGGAGGGGGGGGGGGGGGGGGGGAGAGAGCGCAGCUUGAGACUCAGACAUUACUUCUCAGACGGGAGGUCGCGUGGUCCUCGUCCUCGGAUCUCAGCGGGAGAAGGAGCCGGCAGCGAGAGACUCUCAUGGCUUAUGUUUUCCUUCUUCUUCUUCUUCUUCUUCUUCUUCGGAGUCGCACUCCACCGCAUCCAGCUCCUCUUUAUCCAUGUUUACGCCUUCAGUCCCCGUCCGUCCGUCCGUCCCCCCCCCACCUCCAUUGUCUUCUGUCGAACCCACUCCCCUGCUCGUAUUUAUUUGACUCACUCGAUGGAGUUCAGUGUUUUCGGAGUAGUUGUGAUGAAGGCCGCAAGCGCUUUGAACUCUGUUGUGCAGUUGGCAGUUCACAUAAACGUGAAAAUAAAUGAAAAACGAUAUACUUUCUCCUUGAUGUUAGCUCUCACUUCAGCCCGUCAUGAGAUUAUUAUGAAGUUGCACCACAACAUGAUGUGUAUGUCUUGGGAAAAGGUUGGCCAAAUCUCGGAAGAUUAUCUCCUAGAUAUGUAUGAACAAUUUCAUUUGGGAUUUAUUGGUUGUCAUUCAUUACCAGUUGAUCAGGACCAUCAGAAAAAUUGUAAACUACACAGGAUGUUUUUCUUUCAGGAUAUUUGCAUCCAAAGUCGUCCAGUAUUGCGAUCGUUCUCAGACGAGCGAGGUAAAUGCUGUUCUGCCAUAGUUUCCAUAUUUGUACAGUGUAUUUGGGCAGUUUUUACAGGUCAAAUACUCCAUCCACACUAACCCUUUUGGAACAAUGUAGUUCAGUCUCAAACCGUUAAGACUUUGGAUUUUCUUUUUUUGGCUUUCUUUUUUAUGAGUUAUGAAGAACAGCAUUUUCUGCUGUCCAGUCAAUGAGAUCUGCAUCGUGGUCUGGGAGAAUAGUAAAACGUCUUUAUCCAAUCUUGUUUUACUGUUUUCUUAGAACUUUAAGGUCACGACCUUGUAGCAUGCCAAUGCAAGGGGAAAUGUACAUACAUAUAAAUAUAUUACCUAAGAUAUUGUUGAGUGUUCAUGUUGUAGCCUUUUUCAUAAAGUUUGUAUUAUUGAAUUUGCUCUACUAAUAAAUGGUAUUCUGUGCCCUAGGAA